UUCUCUGCAUCCAGGCAUCAGACAGAAUCAUCCAGAGCUGGAAUCAAACCUUCAAUCACUUGAAGAUGAAGCCCUUCAGUGUAGCAGUUGUGGUGGCCGUGAUGGUGGUUGUUGUGUGUGUUCACCAGAGCUCUGCUCUUCCACUCAGUGACGUGGAAGAACAACAGGAGAUGAUGAUGGAGAGUCCUGCAAAUGAACAUGAGGAAAUGGCCCUGAACCCCUGGGAGAUGCCCCACAGCAGGCAGAAACGCCGCACCAAGUGCCGCUUCUGCUGCGGCUGCUGUGGUGAUCCUGGUGUGUGUGGAACCUGUUGCAAAAAACGCUUUUGAAGACAUUUCAGCAAGUGUUCCACCCGAUCCAAAUCUCCAAUGAGAAAAUAAAACAAAUGACAUUGAAAUGACAGCUGGUGUGUUUUCUAUAACUUCCC